AUGGAUGACGAUGAUCCAAGCUCUGAUGAGUCCAGCAAGGGACGGACAUCCCGCUACUCGGACGAUAGCCUCCGUACCGAGGGAGACACACCUGCACCAUCUGAACCUGGCUCAUUGCUAAAGUUGGUGAGGUCUAGACGUCCUGACGUAGAUAACGCAAGGAACCGUCUCAGUGAUCUGACACCAGUUGGCGUCACUGAGGAGCUCAAUGCCAAAGAUAGCAGAGGCAACAGUGCCAUCCACUAUGCAUGUAUCAAGGGCCUGGUUCCAUGGCUUGAACUUAUCAUAGAACAAGGUGGAGAUGUUGAUGUGAAGGGAGCAGGCGGUAGAAGGCCAAUACAUCUUGUAGUCAGGGACGAGGCAAGUAGUGAAACCCAGGCACAGGACAAAGUCAAAAUGAUCGAGCUCUUGGCAUCGAAAGGUGUUCUUGUUAAUGAAAAGGACGAUUUAGGCCAAACACCUCUCCAGUUGGCUUGUAAUCAUUCUGAAUCGAGAGGACAAAAGAUGGUGAUCCAAGCUCUCCUGUCGCUUUCAGAUAUUAAAGUUGACGAACCUGUUAAGGUCGGCGGAGUUAACUCAACGCUUCUCAACAUUGCAUGCCAUAAUAAUCAUUUUGAAACGGCUCUACUUCUCGUCGACCACGGAGCCAAUCCUCUCACAGAAGAUGGGUCCAAGAACACCCCGCUCUUCAUCAUCCUCACCGAAAAAAAUGUGAAGUUUGCCCUACGGUUCCUUACAACAUGCGAGAAAAAGGGGUGCGACAUGCGUGAUAUCCUGUCGGUGAAGAACGUGUACGGAAAAACAGCACUCCAUCAUGCCAUCAAGAUAGGAAACGAGCCCCUUAUCAAAUACUGCUUGCCUUUUUUGGCUCCUGACGAUGAAGUAGAUGGACUAGAAGACCAUGACUAUCUUCUAGGCUUCAGGGCCAGGCACGAUGCCAAUGUGAUGCAUACAGUAUGUAUGAAAGGACACCUGGACUUGGCGAUAAUGAUCCUCAAACUAUGCCCCAAACUCCUGUACGAAAAGACUAAUAAGGGAUUGACGCCUCUUCACUAUGCAUGCAGUGAGAACUAUCCAAAGCUGGUGGAAAAGAUCUGCUCCGUGAUGAAAAGUCAUGCUAGAGAACUUCUAGGUGAUCAUGAUGUAGACGUACAUGUAGAUGGAAGCCCCUCACUCGGACUGCUCAAAUUCACAGCCUUGAGAGGGUCGAGUGAUUGUCUGGUUGUUCUCCUGAGGCACGUGAAGGAUCCACCCACUAUACUGGAACUCCUAGAGUGGAUCUCGGUCGAGAAGAACCUUUCCAAAGUCCUUAAGGAGUUCCUGUACGAAUUUGACAAUAUCGAUGAUGACGAAAUACAGCGAAUCACACUACGUUGUGCAGAAGAGGGAAAAACAGAGAGUCUUGAACAGUUCUUCGCUUGGUGCAAGGAUGCUUCCCAAUUCGAAGACGAACAAAAUAACAAUGUAAUGCACCUGAUUGCACAGGGAGGUCAUCUGGAUACUGCUGAAGCUAUGCUGAAAAAGGACGGUGUUGAGUUCACAAAGUGGGGAAGGUUUGUUCAGGUGGUGUCUUGUAAGUGCGGUGGUCUAGUUGAUUAG